AUGAGCCUGCCUCCUCGCCCAACCUCGACUUGCCAACAGCAAACCAGUGCCAGGCGCGCAGAUCAGCCGCCUCCCAUUCCUCCUUUUCCUCCCGAACUUCUCGCUCAGUCAAGAUCGCCGUCAUCGCCUCAGCCACCACCUUCGCUGCCGCAUUUCGAACCACCUUUGGUCGCACCAAGGCCCCAUCGCGUAGACCCUAAUCUUCCUGCUAAUAUGGCCAGGAACCUGGACGACCAAGCAGCCGCAUUCAACCCCGGUCCGUUUCCUGACCCUUACCGUGUUUCUUCACCUUCCGCUCCUCUACGUUCACCUCCACAAUACCCAGUUGAUUACAGCCCAGGUGGAUUCACUCAGCCGCAGCAACUUCCAGGCCGCCGAACCUCAGCCCAGCCUCCACUACUUAAUCCGAACGACAGGUCUACUUGGAACACUGCACCUUCACAGCUUGGUCCUCCCCCUCCCUCCCGACAAUCAUACCACCACUCAUCGCUGGACCCCCAACGACUUUCCCAUUCACCCCCGACGGCGGCCACGGCUUACCACCAAUCUCCACAACCUCCCAUUCACCCAAUGGCUUCGUCCGUUCCUUCGUACGCUCCUCCAAAAGCUCCAUCGCCACCUAGGCAAGCAAAUGGCGCACCUGCACUCACUGCUCCUCUCCCAAGUAUUCAAUCUCUAACGAAUGCUCUACCCACCAUCCAACAGCCAAAUCAUGACCCUGUUCACAAAAUGAACUGGGCAAGAGACAUCUUAUUACUCGUUGAUCGUGCCCAACAAAACCCAUCAAGCGACACUCCCGCAGUUGGACCUGUCACGAUCCACGAUCCUCAACUGCAGCGUCUCGUACAAGUAGCUGUGCCUACAAUUCUCCAAAUCGCGUCUGUGCAGACCCAUGCCCCGCCGCCGGCAUAUGUCGCAGAGGCCCUGUUUUUCCGUGCAUCAUUUGCAGCGUCUGGCGCUUAUCCUGAUCACAUCCAACACAAUCCUCGUCUUGCUUUCCGCGAUUUCGAAGCAGCCGCGAGGUUUGGGCACGCUCAGGCGUGGUUCAGACUCGGUCGCGAUUACGAAAGUUUCAACGAUCUCCAGCAUGCUCGCGAAUGUUUUGAACGAGGCGCCAAACGCAACGUCGAGAGCUGUAUUUACCGAAUGGGUAUGGCCCAUCUGAUGGGUCAACUUGGACUGCCUGCUCAACCUGAAGUCGGGAUACCCCUCCUUCAUCGAGCGGCUACCCUUGCAACCAUACAAUCUACCAAACCCUGCGUAUGUGUAUGUUUGCUUCCUGUCACUGUUCCCCAACAAUUCUUUGCGCCCUUCAUUCCACCACAGUCAACUGUCCAGCACGAGGCUCGACUCCAUCUAGAGCGCGCUGCCUUUCUGCAUUUUGCACCUGCACAAUACAAGCUUGGACAUGCGUAUGAAUUUGCAAUUCCACCCUUCCCCUUCGACCCCCUCCUUAGCGUGCAGUAUUACUCCCUUGCAAGCCAACAGGGCGAGGUUGACGCCGAUAUGGCUCUUAGUAAAUGGUUCCUGUGUGGCGCUGAAGGUGCAUUCGAGAAAGACGAACACCUUGCAUACACUUUUGCCGAGAAGGCGGCACGCAAGGGUUUGCCAAGUGCUGAAUUUGCUAUGGGAUACUACCAGGAAGUUGGCGUAGGAGGUCCAAAGGAUAUCAAUGCCGCUCUCAACUGGUAUCAGUUGGCGUCAGACCAUGGCAACGCAGACGCCGUGCACCGUCUUGCGGCAUUACAACAACCAUCGCCACACGUGUUGUCUCGACAGGAGCAUGAUCACAUCACUGAGGACAAACUCGUUCGGAAGCGCACUCAAGCCAAACAGCGCUCGGAGCGCGCGAGUGCGGAUGGAGGAUUUAGUAACCCGCGGCCAUCGCUUGAGGACAGCCAACGUGUCGUCGACCUGAUUAGGAGAGACUCGAUCGCGCGCUCAACUGCACCGGAUCCACAGUCACCCCCAGCUCCUGCCCAAGGGAUGUCUGCCAUUGUUGAGAACGUUCCACCCGCCGGCGUGAAUACGAAUGCCCACUUGUCACAGAGUUCUAGACAGUUUCCGAACCAGCACCGAUAUACGCUCGUGGAUCCCGGCUCGGCAUCCUCUCGUGGUCCUUCGCCUCCGAGAACCCAGUCACCGCAGUCGCCGACUUAUGCACGUCCGGCAGGACGUCCUCCCGCUCAGCGUACAGCAAGUGCUCCCGCUGCGGGUGGGCUACCUACUCAAGGUGGACUGGAGGGUAGUGGUGGUGUACCUCCACCAUCCAAGCAACGUCCGACAGCGAAGGGACCCUCAACGUUCGCUGAGAUGGGUAUUCAGGGCGCGAGGCUUGAAGAAAAGGAGUGUGUGAUUAUGUGAAGCAUUCAUACAUACAAACGCAGUAAGUAUGGUGGAUAUCACUGCGUCCCUUCGUUUUUUCUUCUUCUGUUGUUCGUCGGCUACGUGCAUCGUGCGCAGGCAAACGCAUUCCGGGUACUAAUACAUAUACACAUUGAAUCGUUCGUUCAGUUCAGGUUUUGAGCCCGCCUUC